UCCAAAAAUUAUUUGUUUAGUGGCAAGAGAGAGGUGGAUUGUGGAAGGCGGGGCUGAGCUGGAUUAAUAUUUCAUCCGAACCCUUUGCCGUUAUUUUAGUGUUGCAGUGUGAUGAAGUUAGCACAUUUAACUUGGCUCUUCUACCUUUUAGUCCCGGUCUGUGACACCACAGGAAUUGAGCCAGCUCUCCGGCGUUCACGACAUUGAAGGGGAUCAGUUUCUUGGAGCACACCGCGACCAGUCGGCCUGCACGGUGCGCCGGCGCCCAUGGACCCGCAGCCGGCCGGCAGGGGCUCCGAGGUGGCCGCCGCCGCCGCCAACCACGUCUGCUCGGAGCCGGGUCUGAGCGACGGCAUGGUUGACGCGCUGGCCGUGUGCGGCGCGCCCGACUCGCUGGCCAUGGUCGGCGUGCCCUUCAACGGCGAGGACGACCUCUGGGACGACGGCGCCGACAUGGCCGUGUUCACGCGCGUCCCCUCCACCGACAUCAUCUACCGCAACAAGCGGAAGCGCUGCAAGCUGGUGGGCCGCUACAUCUUCGGCGACCUGCUCGGCGAGGGCGCCUACGGCAAGGUGAAGGAGUGCAUGGACAAGGACACGCUGGAGCGGAGGGCCGUCAAGAUCUUCAAGCGGAGAAAACUCAGGCGGAAGCUGAAUGGCGAACAGAACCUGCAAAGGGAGAUUCGUCUGUUGAACCGGCUGCGACACCCCAACAUCCUCCGGCUGUUCGACGUGCUCCACAACGACGAAAAACAGAAAAUCUACAUGAUUCUGGAGUUCUGCGUGUGCCAGUUAAAGGAGAUGCUGGAUCAAGCUCACGAGAAGAGGUUUCCUGUCUGGCAGGCCCACGGGUACUUUGUGCAGCUGGUCACGGGUUUGGAAUACCUGCACAGUCAGGCUGUGGUGCACAACGACAUCAAGCCGGCCAACCUGCUGCUCACGGCCGACAUGACACUCAAGAUAUCCGACCUGGGUACUGCAGAGGAGCUGGACCGGUACCGGCAGAGUGACGAGAUCGCCGUCAGCCAGGGCUCGCCGGCCUUCCAGCCGCCCGAAAUAGCCAACGGCACCGACACCUUCCCCGGCUACAAGGUGGACAUCUGGAGCAGCGGCGUCACGCUGUACAACUUCGUGACGGGCCAGUACCCGUUCGAAGGCGAGACGGUGUUCAAGCUGUACGAUAACAUCGGCCGCGGCGAGUUCGACAUCCCGGAGCCGGUGGGGCCGUCUCUGGCGUCGCUGCUGCGCGGCAUGCUGCACAAGGAGCCCGAGCAGCGGCUCGGCGUCGCCCAGAUCCAGCAGCACGACUGGUACCGGAAGAAGCAGCCGCCGACGUCCGAGCCGGUGCCGGUGCCGCCGCGGAACGGCAGCGAGUGUCACGCACUCACGGUGCUGCCCUAUAUCCGCGACCUGCACUACGGCGCCGACGAGGAUAACACCAGCAGCGAGGAGUAUAUCACAGAACGGCAGCUCAACGAGCGCGAGGCGGCGCGAGCGGGCGGCGGCGAGGCGCCGUCGGAGAACGGCUCCUCGGUGCGCCGGCGGACCCGCAAGCCGCGCGCCUGCCUCAACGUCAAAUCCUGGUCCAGCUGUAAGCAGGCGUGACUGCCGCGUGACGUCACUCACGCCCGCCGCCGGCCGCGAGCGGCCUCGGGCUGACGUCAC